AUGGAACAAGCCCGAGCCGCGAGAGCCGCUCAAGAGGUGCACGACUGUCCCGAGAACCCAGGUCAAAAGCGAACAAUUCAAGAUACAGGCACUAAAAACCCCAAUUCUGGAUCUAUUGCGAAGCGAAAGCGAGAGCCCGAACUCUCUGAUGGAAACGCCCUUGCUGAAAGCCCAGUCGCCUUUUGGGCGAGAGAAGGGUUAUGGCCUCCCAAAUACAAGAGGCGUGACAGACAACAUAUACUGGCACGAGAAUACCCAACAGAGCCCAUGGUGUUGAACAGCCACGGGGAAGACAUGUCAAAUGCACAAGACUCGAACGAAACAGGAAAUGCAGGAAAUGCGGAAGGUGCGGGAAUUGCAGAAGGCUUGGAAGAUGCGGAAGAUGUGGAAGAUGAGGAAGAUGCAGAGAGUGAUUGUUGGGCACAUGAGGAAAAAAUCACUCUGUACGAGAAGCUUGAAUGGAAGCUCGAUAAAGAGCGCAGCUUUAUCUGCGAUUCAUUCCUAGGCGCCGACCCCAAAAUCACGGAGCUUUGUCAAAAGUGGCUUGAGGAACCUCAGGAACAUCCCGAUGGACUGGAACCUGGCGUUGACUUUUUCGAGUCUCUCGAACAGGACAAGACUGAGCUCGAGGCCGCCGAAAUGUUCAGCUCGCACAUGAAGCCCUAUGAAGGGGUCCAAAUCCUGAGCACAAGCUUUUACAGAGGCUGGAAUAAUUCGGUUCCCCUGACUGAAAUGCGGCCACAGCCCGACUUGACGGUUGGAUUUGCCCUAUGCGAGUUUACCCAGGAUCAGCUCAAGCGACUUCUUCCGUUCAUUGGCAGAGAUGCCACCAAUUAUCUUUCUUUCUUCAUGGCCACAGACAAGAUAUGCUUCCCAUUUCUGACGUACGAAUUGGACGACAUCUCCCUCGACAACGCAGAACUUUUGAAUGCUCACAACAUGACUCUGGCCGUGCGUGGCGUCGUCGAGCUGUUUCGCCUCGUGAACCGCCAGCACGAACUUCAUCGGCAGAUUCUUGCCUUUUCUCUCUCUCACGACUGCACAUCCGUGCAGAUUUAUGGCCAUUAUGCGGAAAUCAAGGGGAAAUUAACCACGUACUAUCACCAUCCGAUCCACAGCUAUAGAUUUGAGCAUGAGGAGGAAGAGGGGAAAUGGGCGGCGCACCGGUUUGUGAAGAAUGUAUAUGAUAAAUGGGUGCCUGAUCACUACGAGAGGAUUUGCUCGGCUAUCAAUCAGCUGCCGAUGUUGGGAUCUGAUCCAGAGGCGAUUUUCAAUCAUAAAUGGGAUCCUAUGUCGCAAUUACCUGAUGCACUGGCUCAUCUUGAGACAGAGUAG